UAAGAAAAUCCACAGCUCAACAAAUCAAAUCACCACAUCCACAAACAUACAAUAUCCACCUUCUAUCAUUCAUCAAUUUAAUCUCUUCUUCUCUAUCUCUCACUCACUCUCUUUGAUCAUCCACCAUUUUUUCUCUCUAGAAUAUAGAAAAACACAAAACAAUGGCUUCAACAGCUUCACACACCACUCUAUCUCUACUCAGAACAACAGCUUCAUCUUCAUCUACUCGUAACAACCGUGUAUCAUCAUCAUUACAAGUUGCAGCAGCAUCUCGAUUAAGAAACAUCGGAUUACAUGUUAGAAACCCAAAAAGUCUUGGGUUUUCUGGUGUUGCAGUAGAUCCUCUUCUUUCAUCACACGUUUCUUCACAAAUUGGAGCUGUUAGUGGUAAAGGGGUGAGAGGUGUUGUUUCAAUGGCUAAGAAAAGUGUUGGAGAUUUGAGUGCAUCUGAAUUGAAAGGUAAAAGAGUUUUUGUUAGGGCUGAUUUGAAUGUCCCAUUGGAUGACAAUCAGAACAUUACUGAUGAUACUAGAAUCCGUGCUGCUAUUCCAACUAUCAAACAUUUGAUGGCCAAUGGUGCUAAAGUCAUUCUUACCAGUCAUUUGGGAAGACCAAAGGGUGUUACUCCAAAAUUCAGCUUGGCCCCUCUUGUCCCUAGGCUCUCUGAGCUUCUUGGCAUCACUGUUGAGAAGGCUGAUGAUUGUAUUGGUCCUGACGUAGAGAAAUUGGUUGCUGCACUUCCAGAAGGUGGUGUUCUCCUUCUUGAAAAUGUGAGAUUCUACAAAGAGGAAGAGAAGAACGAACCAGAAUUCGCAAAGAAACUUGCUUCCCUUGCAGACCUCUAUGUUAACGAUGCCUUUGGAACAGCACACAGAGCUCAUGCUUCAACUGAGGGAGUUACCAAAUACUUAAAGCCAUCUGUUGCUGGUUUCCUCUUGCAGAAGGAACUGGACUAUCUUGUUGGGGCAGUUUCAGCCCCGAAGAGGCCAUUUGCUGCCAUUGUUGGAGGUUCUAAGGUGUCAUCUAAGAUUGGUGUGAUCGAGUCCUUGCUAGAAAAGUGUGAUAUCCUACUCUUGGGUGGAGGUAUGAUCUUCACAUUCUACAAGGCACAGGGGCUAUCAGUAGGUUCUUCUCUUGUGGAGGAAGACAAGCUUGAACUUGCAACCUCCCUCCUUGAGAAGGCCAAGGCAAAGGGUGUGUCACUUUUGUUACCCAGUGACGUAGUUAUUGCAGAUAAAUUUGCUCCUGAUGCAAACAGCAAGAUUGUACCCGCAUCUGAGAUCCCAGAUGGUUGGAUGGGAUUGGAUAUCGGUCCAGAUUCUAUCAAGACAUUCAAUGAUGCCUUGGACACCACCAAGACUGUUAUCUGGAAUGGACCUAUGGGAGUUUUUGAAAUGGAGAAGUUCGCUGCUGGAACAGAGGCAAUCGCAAACAAGUUGGCAGAACUCAGUGGGAAAGGAGUGACAACAAUCAUUGGAGGUGGAGAUUCAGUAGCUGCAGUAGAGAAAGUUGGAGUCGCAGACGUGAUGAGCCACAUUUCUACAGGUGGUGGUGCCAGUCUGGAAUUGUUGGAAGGAAAAGCGCUUCCUGGUGUCCUUGCCCUUGAUGAAGCCGUACCUGUAACAGUUUAAGUCUAAAAAUUAGGCUUUGGUAUUCAUUUAUAUUUAUCUAGUAUUCCUUGCUCAUAUUUGUUGCUUAUUUUCUUGCUAAGUUUACAAGAGGAAGGAAUGUGAUAAAGACUUGAGUUCAUGUUUUUGGUUUUUUGGAUCCCUUUCAAUUAAUCGACGACUUUCCUUCCAUCA